AUGGAGUCGGCCUCUUCCACCACCUCCUCGACCCCCAGCAGUAGCAGCAGCGGGGGCGGCGGCGGCGGCGGCGGCGGCGGGGCCAAAGCCAAGAAGACCAACGCGGGCAUCCGACGGCCGGAGAAGCCGCCCUACUCGUACAUCGCGCUGAUCGUGAUGGCCAUCCAGAGCUCGCCCUCCAAGCGGCUGACGCUGAGCGAGAUCUACCAGUUCCUGCAGAGCCGCUUCCCCUUCUUCCGCGGCUCGUACCAGGGCUGGAAGAACUCGGUGCGCCACAACCUCUCGCUCAACGAGUGCUUCAUCAAGCUGCCCAAAGGGCUGGGCCGGCCCGGCAAGGGCCACUACUGGACCAUCGACCCGGCCAGCGAGUUCAUGUUCGAGGAGGGCUCCUUCCGACGCCGCCCGCGCGGCUUCAGGCGGAAAUGCCAGGCCCUCAAGCCCAUGUACAGCAUGAUGAACUUGAAUUUCAACCACCUCCCGGACACCUACAGCUUCCAGGGCCCCCCCUGCCCGCCCAACAGCCUGCCCUUGGACGGCGGCGCCUUGGGCAUGAUGAACGUGGACGGCAUGGGGCUGGCGGGCCACGGCGUGCCCCACUUGCCCGCCAACGGCGGCCACCACGCCUACAUGGGCAGCUGCGGCGGGGCGGGCGCGGGCGGGCCGGCCGGAGCGGACUACGGGCACCACGACGGCUCCGUGCCCGCCUCGCCCCUGCUGCCGGGCGGCGGCGGCGGCGGCGGCGGCGGGAUGGAGCCCCACUCGGUCUACCCCAGCGCGGCCCCGACGGCCUGGGCGCCCUCGGCCGCGCCCGGCUUGAACGGCGGCGCCUCCUACAUCAAGCAGCAGCCGCUGUCGCCCUGCAACCCGGCCGGCAACCCGCUCUCGGCCGGCCUGUCGGCGCACUCGCUGGAGCAGCCCUACCUGCACCAGAACGCCCACAACCCGGCGGAACUGCAAGGAAUCCGGUACCAUUCCCAGUCUCCAAGCAUGUGUGACCGGAAAGAAUUUGUCUUCUCCAUCAAUGCCAUGGCGUCAUCUUCAAUGCAUUCGGCAGGCAGCGGUUCUUACUACCACCAACAAGUUACAUACCAAGACAUCAAACCGUGUGUGAUGUGACAAUAGGGCUGGCUGGGAAGCGAAACAUUCUUUGGGCGUGGGCGGGGGGACAGCAAGUCCCCAAUGACCCAAGUGAAAACUAUGUAGGACGAUGGAACUUCCCGCUACGAGUCUUCUGAGAGCCAAGGAACCUUCCCAGAAGCUAGACUGAUAGUUGCUCAUGAGGUAUAUACAUAUUCAAGACAUCUACAGAAAGGAACACUCUGGCCUUGUGCAAACAUUGAAGAGGAGCAUGAAUGCAUAGUGUGUGCCAUUGAGGGUGGGGGACGCAUCUUGGCCAAACACUAAGUACUCUGUUGUUCCUUCAUCUUGG